UCGGCCUGUUCUCGAUUACUUGGCGCCGGAGCCGGCCGGCAGCUUCGGGUGGAGACGCCGGAGAGACGCCGCCUGGGGAGCCGCAGGGCGCCUGCUGCUGCAAAGGAGCUCGGGGCAUGGCAGGCCUGGCACCUCCCCUGCCCCCCCCCAAGCCUGCCCCGGGUUCUCCCCCCAGCCCCUGGGACGGUGGGUGGCUCCUGGGGGUUGGCAGCCGUUCGGUGGCUCUGCGGGGGCUUGGUCCCAGGCGCCAGGGGCCCCAUCUCGCUGGGCGCUGCCCGUCUCCAACCCCGCGGCCGCCGGCUCACGCUGCCCCUCCCCCAGGUGUACGUGCUGAAGCGCCCGUACGUGGACGAGUUCCUGCGGCGCAUGGGCGAGCUCUUCGAGUGCGUGCUCUUCACCGCCAGCCUGGCCAAGUACGCGGAUCCCGUGGCUGACCUGCUGGACAAAUGGGGAGCUUUCCGCGCCCGCCUCUUCCGCGAGUCCUGCGUCUUCCACCGCGGCAACUACGUCAAGGACCUGAGCCGCCUGGGCCGGGACCUGAGCCGCAUCAUCAUCGUGGACAACUCCCCGGCCUCCUACAUCUUCCACCCCGACAACGCG